CAUAAACUAGAGAAAAUGCAGAUGGUUAACAUUCUAUGGAUUGGUCUAUUGACCAUCGUCUUCGUCGAUGCACUGGAUAUUUGCACGAAUCGACAAUUUGGCUAUAAAGCAAUCGACUCCACGAAUCCUAAUUCAUAUUACGUAUGCUUCGGUGUCUUGGGCAAGUUCAAAAGCUCAUGCGAUGAAGGAUUCCAAUUUAGUGAAGCACAACAAAAGUGUGUGAAUGGUGGCAGCAAAAAUGAGUUCAACAUCAAUCAAAGCAUUGCCAUGUAUAAACCACUUAUAUUCAAUAUCUUUGGAAACCUUUGGAAACCCAGACCUCCACCGACUACAACACCGUGUCCGCUUUCUCCGCCAUCUCCUCCGCCGCCAACGCCGACUACAACACCGUGUACACUUUCUCCGUCACCUCCUCCGCCGCCAACACCAUAUUCACCAUCACCACCACCUCCUUCAGACACAACCACAGAAAGCACCACUGAAAUUUCUCCAUCAACGGAUAACUCCACUGAAAAGUUGUCCUCCUCAACUUCUGAAGGCACCACUGAGAGUUCUUCAUCAACGGAUAGCUCCAUUGAAAACUCGUCCUCCUCAACUUCUGAAGGCACCACUGAGAGUUCUCCAUCAACGGAUAGCUCCACUGAGAACUCGUCCUCCUCAACUUCUGAUGGCACCACUGAGAGUUCUCCAUCAACGGAUAGCUCCACUGAAAACUCGUCCUCCUCAACUUCUGAAGGCACCACUGAGAGUUCUCCAUCAACGGAUAGCUCCACUGAAAACUCGUCCUCCUCAACUUCUGAAGGCACCACUGACGGUUCUCCAUCAACGGAUAGCUCCACUGAAAACUCGUCCUCCUCAACUUCUGAAGGCACCACUGAGAGUUCUCCAUCAACGGAUAGCUCCACUGAAAACUCGUCCUCCUCAACUUCUGAAGCCACCACUGAGAAUUCUCCAUCUACGGAUAGCUCCACUGAAAACUCGUCCUCCUCAACUUCUGAAGGCACCACUGAGAGUUCUCCAUCAACGGCUAGCUCCACUGAAAACUCCUCCUCCUCAACUUCUGAAGCCACCACUGAGGGUUCUCCAUCAACGGAUAGCUCCACUGAAAACUCGUCCUCCUCAACUUCUGAAGCCACCACUGAGAUUUCUCCAUCAACGGAUAGCUCCACCGAAAACUCGUCCUCCUCAACUUCUGAAGGCACCACUGAGAGUUCUUCAUCGACGAAAAGCUCCACUAAAAGUCCCUCCUCCUCAACUAUAGAAAGCACCACUGAGAGUUCUUCAUCAACGAAUAGCUCCACUAAAGGCCCCUCUUCCUCAACUACUGAAAGCACCACUGAGAGUUCUUCAUCAACGAAGAGCUCCACCAAAGGCCCCUCCUCCUCAACUACUGAAAGCACCACUGAGAGUUCUUCAUCAACGAAGAGCUCCACCAAAGGCCCCUCCUCCUCAACCAUAGAAAGCACCACUGAGAGUUCUUCAUCAACGAAUAGCUCCACUAAAAGUCCCUCCUCCUCAACUAUAGAGAGCACCACUGAGAGUUCUUCAUCAACGAAUAGCUCCACUAAAAGUCCCUCCUCCUCAACUAUAGAGAGCACCACUGAGAGUUCUUCAUCAACGAAUAGCUCCACUAAAAGUCCCUCCUCCUCAACUAUAGAGAGCACCACUGAGAGUUCUUCAUCAACGAAUAGCUCCACUAAAAGUCCCUCCUCCUCAACUAUAGAGAGCACCACUGAGAGUUCUUCAUCAACGAAGAGCUCCACCAAAGGCCCCUCCUCCUCAACUACUGAAAGCACCACUGAGAGUUCUUCAUCUACGAAUAGCUCCACUAAAAGCCCCUCCUCCUCAACUUCUGAAGCCACCACUGAGGGUUCUCCAUCAACGGAUAGCUCCACCGAAAACUCGUCCUCCUCAACUACCGAAAGCACCACUGAGAGUUCUUCAUCAACGAAUAGCUCCACUAAAAGUCCCUCCUCCUCAACUAUUGAGAGCACCACUGAGAGUUCUUCAUCAACGAAUAGCUCCACUAAAAGUCCCUCCUCCUCAACUAUAGAGAGCACCACUGAGAGUUCUUCAUCAACGAAGAGCUCCACCAAAGGCCCCUCCUCCUCAACUACUGAAAGCACCACUGAGAGUUCUUCUUCAACGAAUAGCUCUACUAAAAGUCCCUCCUCCUCAACUACUGAAAGCACCACUGAGAGUUCUUCAUCAACGAAGAGCUCCACCAAAGGCCCCUCCUCCUCAACUACUGAAAGCACCACUGAGAGUUCUUCUUCAACGAAUAGCUCUACUAAAAGUCCCUCCUCCUCAACUAUAGAAAGCACCACUGAGAGUUCUUCUUCAACGAAUAGCUCCACUAAAAGUCCCUCCUCCUCAACUAUAGAGAGCACCACUGAGAGUUCUUCAUCAACGAAGAGCUCCACCAAAGGCCCCUCCUCCUCAACUACUGAAAGCACCACUGAGAGUUCUUCAUCAACGAAGAGCUCCACCAAAGGCCCCUCCUCCUCAACUACUGAAAGCACCACUGAGACCACCACUGAGGGUUCUCCAUCAACGGAUAGCUCCACUGAAAACUCGUCCUCCUCAACUACCGAAAGCACCACUGAGAGUUCUUCAUCAACGAAGAGCUCCACCAAAGGCCCCUCCUCCUCAACUACUGAAAGCACCACUGAGAGUUCUUCUUCAACGAAUAGCUCUACUAAAAGUCCCUCCUCCUCAACUAUAGAAAGCACCACUGAGAGUUCUUCUUCAACGAAUAGCUCCACUAAAAGUCCCUCCUCCUCAACUAUAGAGAGCACCACUGAGAGUUCUUCAUCAACGAAUAGCUCCACUAAAAGUCCCUCCUCCUCAACUAUAGAGAGCACCACUGAGAGUUCUUCAUCAACGAAGAGCUCCACCAAAGGCCCCUCCUCCUCAACUACUGAAAGCACCACUGAGAGUUCUUCAUCUACGAAUAGCUCCACUAAAAGCCCCUCAUCCUCAACUUCUGAAGCCACCACUGAGGGUUCUCCAUCAACGGAUAGCUCCACCGAAAACUCGUCCUCCUCAACUACCGAAAGCACCACUGAGAGUUCUUCAUCAACGAAGAGCUCCACCAAAGGCCCCUCCUCCUCAACUACUGAAAGCACCACUGAGAGUUCUUCUUCAACGAAUAGCUCUACUAAAAGUCCCUCCUCCUCAACUAUAGAAAGCACCACUGAGAGUUCUUCUUCAACGAAUAGCUCCACUAAAAGUCCCUCCUCCUCAACUAUAGAGAGCACCACUGAGAGUUCUUCAUCAACGAAUAGCUCCACUAAAAGUCCCUCCUCCUCAACUAUAGAGAGCACCACUGAGAGUUCUUCAUCAACGAAGAGCUCCACCAAAGGCCCCUCCUCCUCAACUAUAGAGAGCACCACUGAGAGUUCUUCAUCAACGAAGACCUCCACCAAAGGCCCCUCCUCCUCAACUACUGAAAGCACCACUGAGAGUUCUUCAUCAACGAAUAGCUCCUCUAAAAGUCCCUCCUCCUCAACUAUAGAGAGCACCACUGAGAGUUCUUCAUCAACGAAUAGCUCCACUAAAGUCCCUCCUCCUCAACUAUAGAGAGCACC